GAAGCAAAUAAAGAUAUGCACAUUUUUUAUUGCACCUGCACGAAUUUAUCAUCUUCACGCUUUGGGUGUAAACAAGUUUGUGACUUUUCGCUGGUAUACAUAAAAACAAUUGCGAUUCUGAGUGCAAAGAAUAUUCCACGUUCACGAUUUGAAAAGAACGAUCACAGCAGAAACCGUUUCGUCUUCAACUUCGCUGCAAUACUCAACUGGGACCAAGUGAGUACAACUCGGACAAUCCGUAUCAUAGGGCAUUCACUAUUUUGCAGAACAGCGAUGAAACUGAUCGUGGCGUACUUGCUUGCUGUGACUGCGGGUGUGGCUAUGACUCAGGGUCUGGUAUGUACUAAUAACUUCUGUGCUAACCAGACGUGCAAUGCGUCCGUGACAACGGAAAAUUGCAAUAACGAAGGAAAAAUUUACAAAGCCAAUGCCACCUAUUGUAGAUGCUGCGCCGCCUGUCUCACUCUAGUCGAAAAAGGGGACAUUUGUUAUUACGGGUAUUUGAGAGGGACCCCACCUACGUCUGAAUGCGUAACAGGAACUACUUGCGUUCUGAAUGCGAGUAACAACACCUAUACGUGUCAGUGAAACUAUCGUCACUCGACGGAGGGACGAAUUAUUCGACUUGCUGCGCAGAUGACAUGCGAUGAACACGAAUCGGAACCAAACCCAUCUAAUUUUCCCUCCGUGAGAGACGCUGGCGGCUUUACGAUGCUGUGUCAGUGAAAUACAAAAUAUAUUAAAUACGAUGAAAAUA